CGCAUCUGCCGCGUAUUGCGUAUCGUAUCCCUUAUCCCCGUCGCGUCCCGCGAGCACCAUCAGUUGCUCCAAUGUCCAGUAUCAGUGUGCGCGUUGACGCGCGUGUGUACAACGUCGUGACAAGAGGCGGUCGCUGAUUUUUCGAGGGCAGCGCAUUUCGAGCUUACGCGAGGUCGCGCGAAAUUUCGCGAGAAAAUUAAGCCCGGGAGCGGAGGAGAGGCGGAUCCGCCGUCGUCGUCGUCGCCGACGUCGACGACGACGCGGGAACGUCGACUGUGGGAAGAGUCGAAAAUGUUCCCACGCUCCCGCUGCGCUGCGAGUGUAUGUCGCGCGUGCGUGUGAAAUUCCACAGGGUGGGAACGUGGUGGCGGUGCGGCGGCGGGGGGGGGAGGAGAGGAUGAGCGCUCAGGGGCAGGAGCACGGACACGCGGUGGUCGUGUGGGAGUGGGAGAACCGUCACGGACGAUGGAGGCCGUAUAGCCCAGCUGUGUCGCAGCAUCUCGAACGAGCCCAUUACAAGAAGCUUACCCGGGUGUUCCUCAACGACGCGGAUCCGACCCUCGACAGGUAUUACAUAAAUUUGAGAACCAAGACACAAUGCAGCGACGACGGCGACGAGACGUACAAUGUAAGGAGAAAGUUUUAUUUACCGGGUUCAUUGGCUGGCAAAGGCGCCAAGUGGGAAUGGGCAGGUGAUUCGGAUGAUUGGCAUACUUACGAUAUGGAAGUUCAAUGCCUUGUAGAAGAAGCAUGGGCGAGAGGUGACAAGACUAUUGAUAUUUCAAAGACUUACUUGGGUUUUCCCUACAUCAUCAACUUUUGCAAUUUGACACAAGUGAGAUGCUGCACAGGCUAUGUAAGGCCAAUAAGACGCAUACAGCAAGCACCUUAUCCACUGGUCAAAGUUGCACUCGAGGAACUGCAAGUCACUUCUGGGAAGAGAUCAGCGUCAGUUACAGUCAAGAGUUCCACUGUCAAGGUUACGCAUAAGAAGUCGCCUAACGGAAGUACAAAGAAGAGCAACAAGAAAAACAAAAGCGGGGACACUAACGGGCCGACGAAUAUCGCGCGCGUUAUUCUCAGCAAUUUCAAUAUAUUUAGCAGCAAACAUGGCAUCGAGAACAAUCCCGCGGCAACAAACAUAGAGUCCGGUCAGAAGCGAAAGACGUGGGACGCGGUGUUGGAUGUCGAUUCCAGUAGCACCAAGAGUGGUCGCAGGCCUAGCGUAGAUACCGUCUCUACGUAUUUAAGUCAUGAGAAUCCAAUAGAUUUGCUAGAUAGCAGCGUGGGAAGCGAUGACGCUUUCAAGGAUUCUAUUCUUGGGAUGGACAUCACAACGGACGUGAUAUCUCGUUACGUGAAAGUGGUUGAAAGCGAUGGAUCCGAUUCCUGUCCUGUGUGUCUUGGCACUCCGGAACCGUUGACAGUUGAACUAACGCGAUGUAGGCAUAGAUUACACUUGGCAUGUCUAAAUGCGAUGCUUGGUUGCCAACAGCCGCCCAUGUACAUACAGUGUCCGGUUUGCCGUAUGAUUUACGGCGAAAAGAGAGGCAAUCAGCCACCGGGGACGAUGAACUGGACGCGAAUACCGCGAGCACUACCAGGUUUUCCAAACACCAAUACCAUACAAAUUACUUAUGACAUUCCAUCCGGAAUUCAGGGUAACGAGCACCCGAACCCUGGUCAGGCAUAUUACGCCGUGGGUUUUCCUCGAGUGUGCUAUUUGCCAGAUAACAAUCUUGGCCGUCGAGUAUUGAGACUAUUGCAAAUCGCAUUUGAACGCAGGCUAAUCUUCACAAUCGGUCGAUCGAUCACCACUGGUCGUGAAGAUGUCGUUACGUGGAACGAAAUCCAUCAUAAGACCGAGUUAGGCCCAUCCACAUCCGGUCACGGUUAUCCCGAUCAGAGUUACCUCGAAAGGACACUUGCGGAAUUGGCAGCGCAAGGUGUGACCGAUGGACAAUCAUCACCGAUAUAUCAACAGUUGCAUUAAUUGCAUAUAUAAAUAGACAGUAUUUAUGCGACAAUAAGUUAAUCUAUAAAGGUAAUAACAAAAAAGAAAUUCAAUUUUUUAAAUUAGACGUAAAAAAAUAUAUA